AUGCCGACAUUCGACAAUGGGAACCGAACUCUGGCCUCCUCUUUCAUCAUUGUUGGGUUUGAGACGAUCCGAGAGAUGGAGCUCUUUUUGUUUUUUCUCUUCCUGUGCAUGUACGUCAUAACUCUUGGUGCCCAUAUAAUCAUCAUAGGCCUUGUCAUCCUAGAUCAUCGUCUUCAUAAACCGAUGUACAUGUUUUUGGCUAACUUCUCCGUGGCAGAGAUCUGCUACAUUACAGCAACUGUGCCCAAGAUGCUUGAUGCCCUCUUGACCAGGAAUAAAGUUAUCUCCUAUUCUGCUUGUAUGGCUCAAUUUUACAGCUUCUUUGCCUUUGGGGCCACUGAAAACUGUUUCUUGGUUGUCAUGGGCUACGACCGCUAUGUAGCCAUCUGUCAACCUUUGCAUUAUCACACCAUGAUGGCCAAAGGAAACAGUCGUGGUUUAGCUAUAGGAGCCUGGGCUGGUGGUCUGUUGGCAGCCACAUCUCCUACUCUAUGGGUGUCUACCCUGAACUUCUGCUACCCCAACCACAUUGAACAUUUCUUUUGUGAUUAUGCCCCUCUUUUGAAACUGUCCUGUGAAGACACUUCCAAAGGAGAGUUUGCCUUCACUGUCAUAUCUUGGAGCCUCAUAUUGGGCUGCUUCUCCCUAACACUAGUGUCUUACGCCUUCAUAAUCUUCUCUGUUCUAAAAAUCCCUUCCGCUGAGGGACAGAAGAAGGCCUUCAGCACCUGUGCCUCCCAUAUAACUGUAGUAUCCAUCUUCAAUGGGACAGUCAUCUUCAUGUACAUACGACCCACCUCCACUAUUCGCUUCACAUUAGACAAGGUGGUAUCUAUCUUCUACAGCAUUGUAACUCCACUUUUAAACCCCAUCAUCUACUGCCUGAGGAACAAAGAUGUAAAAAAUGCAGCAUACAAAGGUUUACAGGGGUUGGGGAUAUGA